AUGCUUAAUUGGGAUUUUCUAAUUUUGUAUAAUCAAAUGGACAAGGGCAACACUAUAACGCCACCAUGCGCGGCGUGCAAGUACCUGAGGAGAAAGUGCACAAAAGACUGUGUGUUUGCGCCUUACUUCCCAACGAACAAACAAGAAAGCUACGAAAUGGUCCACAAGGUAUUCGGAGCUAGCCAUGUUGCUUCACUUAUCAACGAGAUUCCCCCUAGCCACAGAGAUUUUGCAAUGAGCACCCUCGCUUGGGAGGCACAACUUCGUCACAUUGACCCCAUCCAUGGUGUCAAUAGUAUCUUAGACCCCCUCCAAUAUCAGCUUAAAGACCUUCAAAACCAAAUCGCAAUCGCCAAGAACGAACUCUCCUCCUCUUUCGGUAUGGUCCCGAAAUUUGUGCCACCGCCUCCAAUCACGUAUCAGCAAAGAAUCCAUCCCAAUCCUAUGAUACCGGAUACGACUAAUAAUGACGGUUGUUUAACGGCUCAGCAGCUACGAGACGAGGCUAAGCGUUUUGCAUCCACACAACCUGCUCAAUUCCAGCAAACGCAAGAGACUCAGACGCAGUACAAUGAGAGUGUGAUGAUUGUCCGGGACAAAAAGAUAUGA